GAAAGAGAGUUGUAGAGUUAUAGAGGUAAUUGAAUAGGAAGAGCAGAAAUGGAGUGUCUCACCAUUGCUUCUUGUGUUUCUUCUUCACUUUCUUCCAAAACCACGAAUUUUGGUUCCUUCAGGUUUACCCCGAAAGCAGUCCAGAAGCAUAGCCCCUUAGCCGCAUUGCAAUCAGCAUUUCAUCUUUUCUCAUCAUAUGCCCCCAAAAGGAAUGUCCAUAGUUUCCUACCCCAUUUGGUUGCUUCCAUGGAAGAAGUGGAGCAGACUUAUAUCAUGAUUAAGCCCGAUGGUGUUCAAAGAGGCCUUGUUGGAGAAAUUAUAUCCAGAUUUGAGAGAAAAGGGUUUAAGCUUACUGGAUUAAAGCUUUUCCAGUGCCCCAAAGAAUUGGCAGAGGAGCAUUACAAGGACCUACAGUCCAAACCGUUCUUCCCCAAGCUGAUUGACUACAUUACAUCUGGUCCUGUUGUCUGUAUGGCUUGGGAGGGUGUUGGUGUUGUUGCUUCAGCACGUAAGCUAAUAGGAGCAACUAAUCCUCUGAAUGCUGAGCCAGGCACAAUUAGAGGAGACCUUGCUGUUCAAACUGGAAGAAAUGUGGUACAUGGAAGUGAUAGCCCCGACAAUGGCAAGCGUGAAAUAGCUCUUUGGUUUAAAGAAGGUGAAUUAAGUGCAUGGGCACCAGUUCAAGAACCUUGGUUGGUGGAAUAAUACCUUAGCGUUAUAUGAUUCUUCAGUGAAGUUUUGGAGGUUUGAUCUUAACUGUAAGAGAUGGAGAGUAGUAUCUCGUAUUCGGCUUCUGUAAUAAAAAAAUAAAAUACUGCGGUGUAAUUUUAUCAUUUUUGGCAUGGUUGGCCUGUUUAUGGAGAGGUUCGCUACUGGGUUGUGAUUUUUCCAACUUGAUGUCAAACUACAGAAUUAAAUUUAUAAUUGUUAUGUUGGUUGUUAAUUC